GCGGCUGAAGUGAAGCGGCGCUGCCAGGGGCAGAGGGCUGCGCCGCUGGGCUGGGCGGGGGGCGUCCUCUCGCCGUCCGCGGGGGUGUCGGGCACCGCUCCGCGGCGCUACUGGCGCCGGCGGCAGCAGCGGAGACUCCUUUCCCCUUCGCCGCCGCCGGAGACCCAGUGCUGCCCCGCUGCGCCCGCCCGCUCCAUCGCACGCUGUUGUCAUGGAGGAGCCAAGAUGGCGGCCCUGGCCUACACCCUAGGCAAGCGGGAGAUCAACCACUACUUCAGCGUGAGGAGCGCCAAGGCGCUGGCGCUGGGCGCCGUCCUGCUGCUCGCCGCCUGCCACGCCGCCUUCCGCCGCUACCGAGGUGAUGAUACAUGUGAAUAUCUUCUCUCCAGUGGGAGAUUUCUUGGGGAAAAAGUAUGGCAGCCCCACAGUUGUAUGAUGCAUAAAUAUAAAAAUAGUGAAGCAAAAAACUGCCUCCUAGACAAACAUAUUGCAUUUAUAGGAGAUUCCAGAAUUCGCCAGUUGUUUUAUUCUUUUGUAAAACUCAUAAACCCUCAAGUCAAGGAAGAAGGAAAUAAGCAUGGAAACAUUCUUUUUGAAGACAAAUCUGCAUCAAUUAAAGUGGAUUUCCUGUGGUAUCCAGAAAUUAAUGGAUCUAUGAAGCAACGUAUCAAAUCUUGGACUGAGGGUUCUAUUGCAAAACCUCAUGUAAUUGUAGCAGGAGCUGCUACGUGGUCUAUCAAGAUUCACAAUGGCAGCAAUGAAGCACUCACGCAAUAUAAAAUCAAUAUCACUUCAAUAGCACCUCUUUUGGAAAAAUUAGCAGAGAGUAGUGAUGUAUACUGGGUCUUACAAGAUCCUGUUUAUGAAGAUAUGUUGAGUGACAGUAGGAAAAUGAUCACUAAUGAGAAAAUAGAUGCUUACAAUGAAGCUGCAAUCAGUAUUCUGAACAGCAGCUCCAGAAAUUCCAAAGCUAAAGUUAAAGUGUUCAGCGUUUCUAAACUCAUAGCACAAGAAACUAUCAUUCAAUCUUCAGAUGGCCUGCAUCUCCCAGAAUCAAGCAGAGAAACAAGUGCAAUGAUUCUUAUGAACGUCUACUGCAAUAAGAUUCUGAAGCCCAUCGAUGGUUCCUGUUGCCAGCCUCAGCCUCCUCUCACUCUGAUACAGAAGCUAGCUUUUUGCUUUUUUGCUUUGUCCAUUAUUGGAUAUUUAAUUCUCAGUUUUAUUUAUCGUAAUCAUCAUCGAAAAAACAAGCCAUGCACUGAUAUGGAAAGUGGAGAGGAGAAAAAACCUGUCACCAAUACAUCUCCUGUUUCUACUCUAGAGACACUGUUAUACUCCUUCUUCAAGCUGGGUCUAAUCAUGGCCUAUUUCUAUCUGUGUGACAGAGCAAAUCUAUUCAUGAAGGAAAACAAAUUUUAUACACAUUCAUCUUUCUUCAUACCAAUAAUCUACAUCCUGGUUUUAGGGGUAUUUUAUACCGAAAACACCAAAGAGACUAAGAUGUUAAAUAGAGAGCAGACAGAUGAAUGGAAAGGCUGGAUGCAGCUUGUUAUUUUGAUUUAUCAUAUCUCUGGAGCAAGCACUUUUUUGCCUGUGUAUAUGCACGUUCGGGUUCUGGUUGCUGCAUAUCUGUUCCAAACAGGUUAUGGGCAUUUUUCAUACUUUUGGAUCAAAGGAGACUUUGGAUUGUAUAGAGUGUGUCAGGUUUUAUUUCGUCUCAAUUUCCUGGUUGUGGUGUUAUGUAUAGUGAUGGAUCGACCUUACCAAUUUUACUACUUUGUUCCACUAGUCACUGUCUGGUUUAUGAUCAUCUAUGCUACAUUAGCUGUAUGGCCUCAGAUAGUCCAGAAGAAAGCAAAUGGGAACUGCUUCUGGCACUUUGGCUUACUGCUGAAACUAAUUUCCUUACUUAUGUGUAUAUAUUUUCUAGCAAAUUCUCAGGGUGUAUUUGAGAAGAUUUUUUCUCUUUGGCCAUUGUCCACAUGUUUUGAGCUGAAUGGAAAUGUCUAUGAAUGGUGGUUUAGGUGGAAGUUAGACCGCUAUGUAGUCUUUCAUGGGAUGAUGUUCGCUUUUAUUUAUCUGGCAUUACAAAAACGUCAGGUGCUUUCAGAAGGGAAAGGAGAGCCUCUCUUCUCCAACAAAAUUUCAAAUGUUUUACUAUUUAUUUCUGUAGUUUGCUUUUUGACCUACUCUAUCUGGGCUAGUAGCUGUAAAAACAAAACUGAGUGCAAUGAACUGCAUCCUUCUGUUUCUGUGGUGCAGAUUUUAGCUUUCAUCCUCAUCAGGAACAUUCCUGGAUAUGCCCGUUCUGUAUACAGUUCAUUUUUUGCCUGGUUUGGCAGAAUUUCUUUAGAGCUGUUCAUCUGCCAAUACCACAUCUGGCUAGCAGCAGAUACAAAGGGGAUCUUGGUGCUCAUUCCUGGAAAUCCAAUGCUCAACAUAAUUGUCAGCACUUUUAUAUUUGUGUGUGUGGCACAUGAAAUUUCUCAGAUCACUAAUGAUCUAGCACAGAUGGUUGUUCCUAAAGAUAAUGCGACUCUGCUUAGAAGGCUGCUAUGUAUAGCUGGGUUUUUUUCUGGACUCCUCUUUUUGGCAGCAAUUCAAGAUCAAUCAAGGCAUUAACUUCAAGAAGUCCUUAAAACUUACUUCAGGCUUACUUUGUGUCUGCCUGACGAAAAAUAUUUAACUGGAGAUACAAAAAACGUGUACAGUGCUCAGCAGCAGCAGAAGGACAUCUAAAUGAAGUCUAUUGAAUGUGUAUAUAAUGGAAAUGUACAUAUUUUGUGUGGAAAUAUCCUUCUCAAAGGAACCUGAGAAACAAGAAUGCACUGUACAGAAUUGCAUGUGAAAAACAAGUCUUUUUUUCUACUGGAUAUAUAUUUCUGUUUACAUAUCUGUUUAAAUGUAACAUGAAGAAGAUAAAUGGGUGGCUUGGCAGCAUAAUUUGGAGAUUACUGAAUUAACUUUACCUUGAUACACCUAACGCGCAGAUAUUUACUAGCAUACUACAGUAUACAAGAGACACGCUUUAAUUGUUCUCCUCAAGAAACUUUUUGUAACAACAAAGCAGACCUGAUGUAUGAUCUUUAGCUAAUGGUCAUUUUUUGCUAAUUUUCAAAAUGAAGUUAUCUUACUGGUAAUCAGGGUCAUUUUUCUAAACUAAGUGUUAACUCAUUGUUUAGAGAUCAAUGUUUUGGGAGUAGCUAGUAUGUAGUAUAUGAAACCCUUUAUGCAUUGAACAAAAGCCCCUCAAUUUAAAGUGAUUCCAUGUAACCUUCUAGCCAGGUUUACACAGUACUUCAUAGGUGUUUUGUAUUUUUUUUUUUUCCCCUGAAGACAGUUUUCAGGAAAUAUUUUUCAGUUCUGGAAAUGUGGGAUUUGUUAAGAAUGCAUAAGUAAUUUUAUUUUAAAUUUUCUACAAGUAUGUUUGGUUUUUCAUCAGCAUUUUCCAAUUAUUGCUCUUUCAAACUCUCUGUAGUUCACAAUAUUAAUACAGCCCCACUGAUAAAACAAUGAUAAGCAAUAUUUCAGCUGAAUAUUGAAAAGUUGGGGAAAUUCCCACCCUUUUCCAGUCAUACAUCUACUGUAUUCAGAUAUUACAGAGAAGGGCAUAGCAGGGGCACAACAACCUCAGAACCCCCAUAUCGUGUAUGACUUGAAGAUAUGGAAAGCAAGCCUGCAUGGGAAAAAUUGGUUGACUAGCAGUCUGGCCAGCUGUAGACAAUGGGUCCCUUUUUAAAAUAACAAUGAAAUAAGG